CCAAGGCACAAAGCUCCAAACAAUUAUUUUGUCCGAUGAUGAUAACGAUGUUCACUCUUCCUGUGACCAAAGUCAAGGACGGCGCAUUCUGGCAAAGCAGGCUUGAAAUUAUUAUGGUCAGGCGUUUCAUUCCUUUCCUAGGGCAUACCUUGUAACAUUACUGGUCUGUUCAUUAGAUAGAAGGGACCAUCGUUUUAUUGUUCAUUGUAUUUUGCACUUGAGACCUCAAUGAUAUUAGAGCAGCGUCGCUGGAAUACGGGAAUUCACUUUUUCCUCCUUCCGUCCGCAAACUCAAGACUAAUCCAGCUUUGUACGUCCUGCCAGGAACUCAGCCAGAGUUGACGCUGCUUUCACAUCAUCUGGUACAUCUCGCUUCUGCAAGGUGCCUCGUGUGGCGACGCGGAAACAACUAGGCCCUUCGAACAGCCGGAAAUCGAACAGUGCCUGUGGGAUUUCCUCAAAUGUCAGCACCCUCGCAAUCUCCGCCUCGUAGCCUCCUUUCGAUGCGCAAGUGAUCGCCCCGCUCUUAGGUGGAUGGGCAGCGUUGGGAACAUCAGCGGUGGCCGGCAGCAUUUGCGGCUCGCCUUGUGAGGAUAUCCUUUCCGGAACCAUCAUCGGCAAAUUUGGGCCAUGGAGGGCAUGUGGGUGAGAUGCAAUAGUGGAGUGUCAUGGCACGCAACACUUAUUGGUCUCAUCCUCGUACUGGUAUGCGAAUGGACACAUUCGGGAGUCUCCGGCGAAUCUCCUUUUCAGUCCAUAACGACAUUCGACACAGUUAGCAUGAUGCUAGGGGCAAAGGGCACUUUGACAGCAACGUACAUGCCCCCUGAUGGGCUACAUCCUACGUUCACAUGGACAUUCAACUCUGCCCCGAUUGGACAAGCCUCAGACUCAACAAUAAGUACCGCCACCAACACACUCACCAACAGCAACUGGGAAGUUGGCGAUGGUGGCCAGUACAUCUUCCGAGCAAGAAAAACAAACUACUUACGUAUCGCGACGUUCAACGUGACUAUUCUAGUACCGCCGAAACUGAAGUCACCCACCGGAUCAGCAAGUAAUUUGACCGUUGUGUUAGGUUCCACCGUCACCUUCACUGUUCAGUUUGUGAGCCCUCCCAACCCUAGCCCGCUGCUGACAUGGUUCUAUGGCAAGGGUGUGGAGUUGAACAGGACAACACCAGUCGGCCCCGUGACCAGCGCAUCAUAUGUAAUCAAGUCGGCGCAGCUGUCGGAUAACGGCAGCUAUCAAUUGUCGGCCACUAACGGGGUUGGUCAGCUGAACGUCCCCUUCACUCUGAAAGUCCUCGUGCCUCCCAAAUUCAGGAGCAAUGUGACGUCAGUAAGUGGUGUGUAUGGAAGCAGUGUUAAGCUAGUGGGCCAGUUCAACAACAUGCCAACGUCACCAACCUGGUAUAGGUGGGAACUCAAUGGCGUUGCCCUUUCGAAAAACAGCUCGCACUUGGUCAAGUCGUCCAACCUGACGAUACCCAGUCUAGACGCAGCCGAUACGGGAAGCUACAUACUAUUCGUGAACAACUCUGCAGGUUCAGACAGCAUGGAGUUCAUCGUCAGCAUCUUAGUACCACCUCAAUUCACGAGAAAUGUUACAUCAGUGAGUGGCGUGAGGGGACAGAACAUAACCCUCGCAGGGCUCUUCGGCAAUGCACCAAUGCCUCACGCCUCGUUCUCAUGGAAACUCAACGGCGCAGCUCUCCCGACGAGUGGACUACUCCGUCCCAAUGGAUCCAGUCUGACUAUUUCCAGUCUGGACGUGGCCGAUGCAGGGAACUACACCCUAUUUGCAAACAACUCGAUCGGUUCAGACAGCAUAGUGUUUGUACUGAGCGUCUUAGUGCCGCCUCAAUUCACGAGAAAUGUGACACCAUUGAAUGGCGUACUGGGCGGGAAUGUAACUCUUUUAGGGCUCUUCGGCAAUGCACCAAUGCCUCACGCCUCGUUCGUUUGGAAACUCAAUGGCUCCGCUCUCCCGACGAAUGGACUACUCCGCCCUGAUGGGUCCAGUCUGACUAUUUCCAGUCUGGACGUAGCCGAUGCAGGGAACUACACACUAUUUGCAAACAACUCGAUCGGCUCAGACAGCAUUGUGUUUGUACUGAGCGUCUUAGUUCCUCCUGAGUUCGUCUUGACCACGCAGACCGUAGAAGCAAUAAUUGGCUCGCCAAUUGUCCUGAGGAUGCCCUUCGUGUACACACCUCAUCCGCUCCCAAUUUACUCGUGGUUGAUGCUUCAAUGCCAGUCUUCAAAUUGCUUACUGAGCUCAGUUGGACCAACGUUGAGCAUAACGCCUAAAGGCCCGGCUGGAACACUCAACUACUCAUUGACAGCUACCAAUGCAGCUGGAUCAGACCAAGUCACAUUCACCGUAUCAGUCAAAGAGCCGCCGCUACCACAGGUGCGCUACGUCGUAAAUAGCACAUCAAUCACGGCUUAUCUGCCCGGCACUGAUGCCCAGUAUAACAUCGGUCUAAAACCAUGCAUGACUAUCUCUGCCCUCGCCCUGCCAAGUCAGCCAUGGGCGUCUGCUGUUAACACCGCCUCGAUUUGUAACUCGUCGGCAAUCAUAACUGCCGGCAGCCUGCAUGAGUUCACCACGUACUCCGUCUUUGUGAAGCUUGGCUCGCUGGCCAACGUCCAAACUGCGACCGUGAAUGUCACCACACAAGCGGCCGCUCCUGCCUCUGCGCCUCGCGGUUUCCAGGCGGUCAACAUCACCACGGCAACGCUGGACCUGCAGUGGCAACCGCUGGCUCCGGAGGACUUGAAUGGCCACUUUGUGGAGUACAAAGUGAGCAUUACGUCGCUGGAGCUGGCAACGAGGCUUGUCAUCCUCUCAAACCACACGACGGCGUCUGUGCUGGGCCUUGUCCCACAUUCCAAUUACACGUUCAGCUUGUCUGUGGUGUCAUCGGGCGGCGAGAGCGUAAACACUGCCAUUACAGUCUCUACCAUCCGCGAAAAUUGCACAACUAUGCACCUCGCUUGUCAAGCAAACUCUGUGUGCACGGUGGUCGGCAAACGUCGCGCUUGCGUAUGCAAGCAGGGAUUCUCCGCAAACGGAACGCUAUGCCUGGACGAUGAUGAGUGUGACACUGGAAUGCACAGUUGUCCACACAACUCACUAUGCAGCAACAUAGCCGGUUCAUACACAUGUCAAUGUACUGUCGGUUAUGAAGCUAGACACAGUGGCAUGAUCACAACAUGCGUAGAUUCUGACGAGUGUAAAAAGGAUCCGGAUACGUGUCCCCCCAGUGCGGCUUGCUUCAAUACUUUGGGCUCCUACACGUGUCAAUGCUCGAGUGGUUUCCACGCCAACAGCACGGCAAGCGCUGCAACCAUCUGCCAAGAUGACGAUGAGUGUGGAAGUCGUACACACAACUGUCCAGCCCUGGCAAUCUGCAGCAACAGUCCGGGUUCGUAUUCAUGUGGCUGUGCAGUCGGAUACCAAGACGAUCCUUCCAACACGAUGCAUAUCUUGAAAUGCAUAGAUUUUGAUGAGUGUUCAAACGGUGGACACACCUGUCCAGCCCUGGCAAUCUGCAGCAAUAGCGUGGGUUCGUACUCAUGUGCAUGUAUAGCUGGUUACACACAAGACCCUUCUGACAAGACGGGUAGUUUGGUAUGCAAAGAUGUUGAUGAAUGCUCUGGUGGUGGACAAAGCUGUCCAGCACAUUCAGCUUGUAUGAACACGGAUGGUACAUUUCAGUGUUCCUGUCAUGCAGGCUACCAACCUCACAUCUCAAGCACUGGACGGACAUGUGAAGACGAAAAUGAAUGCUUGAAUGGCCAGCACAGUUGCCCAGCUAACUCCAGCUGUGUCAAUAGCAACGGAUCAUAUUCAUGUCCUUGCCUUAUUGGCUAUCAAGCGAAGCAAUCAAGUUUAGGAUUGAUGUGUGAAGAUGUGAAUGAAUGCACGAGUGCCCGACACACCUGCCCAGCUAACUCCAGCUGUGUCAAUAGCCGCGGAUCAUAUACAUGUCCUUGCGAUACUGGAUAUCAAGCAAUCAAGUCAAGAUCAGGACUGAUAUGUGACGAUGUGAAUGAAUGUAUGAGUGGCCAACACAGCUGCCCAGCUAACUCAAGCUGUGUCAAUGACGACGGAUCAUAUACAUGUCCUUGUAAUAUUGGCUAUCAAGCGAAGAAAUCAAGUUCAGGACUGAUGUGUGAUGACGUUGACGAGUGCAGUGCUGAAUCACACGGGUGUUCACAGAAUGCAACGUGUACCAACACAGCCGCAUCAUACACGUGUUCAUGUCAACGUGGAUACAGCGGUGAUGCAAGAAAGAACUGCUCAGACGUGAAUGAAUGCUUGGCUGGGUCGCACAACUGUUCGGACACCGCCACUUGUGUCAACGUGGCCGGAGCGUACAACUGUACGUGUGGCGACGGCGCGUUGGUGGAUGACCUGGCUAGCUGUGUGCAGCUCACACCUCGUGCAGAUGAUGCCAGAAGCAAGUGGGUUUUUAUUGGCCUUGGUGUUGGCGUCAUUCUACCUAUCGCCGCCAUCGUGCUGAUGCUCGGCGCCAAGAAACGCAUGGAGCGCAGUGUAUCCAAGAAACGCAAAACCAGUCGAACCGCACUCAUAUCAGCCUACUCCAGGCAAUCCGUAUCCCGCCGUGAGUCGACCAAUCUGGAAACGCAGCUCACACAGAUCAUGCUGCCCUCGCAGGAGGUCCAGGCACACUAUCCGUCCUCGCGGGGAAGCCUGGGCUCCGACGACGCUAGUAGCUUCACAUCCAGUCAGCGGCCAGAUGACGAUGAUGAGCUGAAGAAGUCGCAUGUAGCAGCUGGACAGCCCACUGCUGAGCUGCAAAUCACGCGCCAAGGUCAACAAAACACGCUGACGUAUCUCUCUCAACCGGUCCUUCUACACUACAGUAGCUCGGUUCCGGUGGACGGGGGAGGCGGCAUGUUAUUGCCGGGCCAGAUGGCCAAGACCCCGGGUGCAUUCAGCAUGAUGGCCGAUGGCACUGCUGGUUACGAUGCAGCUAGCGGUCGGCCCACGGCCUACUCUAACUGGGCGCUGAACAGCGGCACAACUAGCAUGGAUCCUAGCAGUAGGGCGUCUCCCUCGGAACCCAUGCUAAAUUCAGGCAGCACGCAUGCUCAACUAAUGGGAACGCAGAGCGCGGCCGUACUGACCGGGUAUGGCAGUAACAAGCGUAUGUCGACUCCGGAGGCCGAGAUGCGGCACUCGAAGCUCCCGACAUGCACUUCUCCUGACAUGCACAGCCGCCGGGAUAGUCUGUACGGCAAUGCCUGCAGCAUUGUCUCCUCGGAGGAUAUGGACGAGCAGCAGGAAUGGCUGGCCAGGAUGGCGGUGUUGCGCGACGCUAGUCGACUGGUGAUACACGUAGACGGUGAUCAGUCGGUGCAGGGUCCGACACUUCGCACGCCCACAUCGUCGUUUUCCGUCGGGGCAGAUACUCUGCGUGCGGACGGCACGUCCAGUCCAGCAAGCAUAUCAAAGGAGCGCAUCGUGUCGCUGGGGAAAGGCAAGAAGUUCUCCAUUCCGCACGAGUUCUCCGCUAUCGACCUUGCUAGCUCACCAGGCAGCACCUGUUCAUUCGGACACGGUGGAGGUGACGCAGAACUGCAUUCACGAAGUCCCUCCGCGGCUCCGUCCCCCAACAGACAAGACCGCGUAGGAAAGUCCGAUGGUCAGCGCGGUGGACUGGUAGCAACUGCACGCAGCGGACACUUCAAGCAACCAGCUGCCCCCACCACUUCUUUCAUCAGCGAAAACUACACGAACCCAGCGGAUAUCCGGAUUGCCUCACCUGUUGCUCCGAUGAAAGCACGGACCAUCGGUACAGGUCAACCACAUCCUGAUGAAGACGAAUAUGGCAUACCAGCGGACUGCCCUUCACUUCCUGCAAAGCGCCAGCUGACGCAACCUGGAGGUAAGAAGGCUGCUGCUAUCGUCCCCACAAGCUUAACAGUUACUGGCGGAGGGACGCGGGAAUUGCUAGCUAUGCCCGGUGGCAUGGGCAGCGUCAGCACAACUGCGCCACUCGUGGCAUCGGAUGAUGAUCAGGACUUGUACGGAGACAUUGAAUGCUUCCAGGCCAUGGCCAGAAAGGAGACUGUUAUGUCCACUGUUUCCACUGGUACCAGUGUCGGCCCAGGGCAGGCCCCGGAGGAUGACUGUGAACUGUACGGUGACAUUGAAAGCUACCAGCUCGGCUUCGCUGCAGCAGCAGCGAGAAGUGCAGCAGAGGAGUCCGCCAAGUCGCCCACUCUGGGCAGUGCUCGCACUGGCGCAUCGCCAUCCCCCGUCCCGGUAGAUGACGCGGAUAUAUACGGCGACAUUGAAACUGUCCAGCAGACCUUUUCUGCAUCCGAACCUGCUAAGCCUCUCGUGGUGAGUAGCCCUAGUGUGGGAGCCAUACAAGCGUGCUCGAACGACUCGGAUAUAUACGGAGACAUUGAGUGUCAACCCCAGCCACCGAUCAAAUCCCCUGCUCUAAACAAUGCCAGUGCACGUACCGUUCCAGUCGCCUCCCAUGAUCUAGAUGUCUACGGCGAUAUUGAAGGCUGCCAGAUCAGUGUUCAGCAGGAUGACACGUACAAUAUGCCACUGGGUGCGACAGCAACACGUCAAGAUACUAGUCCUGCACGCAACAAGAGCGGACCGAUGAAAACGCCAGCGCUGGUCCGAGGGCGGCCAUGCGAAACUGACGACGUUUACAGGGAUCCUUUGGACGUUGGCCCAAAGGCGGCGCCACGUUGUGACCUGAGUGCGGUAUCGGCCAUUUUUGCAGCAGGCGAGGAGGAUUACUCAAGCCCUGUGAAUAUCAGAUUCCACGGUAGAGAAAUGUCCAGCAGAACAUCCCCUGUGAUACAACCGGCGGCAGAGGAGGACGAUUAUAAAAUGCCAGGUGAUUGUGGCUCAAAUACUUUGUCAAGCACUGCGCGCAGCAACCAUAUUACAGUGGGUUUGACUGCGCCCGGCACGCCCCAUGAAGAUGCUGGUGAUAUCUACAAUGAUCCACUAGACAACAACAGUGCCAGCGCCUCUAGCGAAUCAAUGGUGGCGAAUCGCGAAGGAAGCCACGCAUCGGCUGUAUCGGCGGCAAUGCUUUCCAUGUGCGAGGAAAACUAUUCAGAUCCGGCUAAUAUACAAAUCAGCACUGUCACGUCUGCGGCUACUACGGCUGCAAACUCGGCGGGGGAAGAAGAAGACUAUAAAGUUCCCGAAGACUGUACUGACCUGCCCAAGUCAACAGAACAGAAUCCACUGCUCCAUACUUUACUCGAUACUCAAGCCGACGUUUAUUCUAAUCCGGUAAACAUACCGAUCCAUCUCAACAAGGACUCAGCAUCGCCGCAGACGACCAGCCCCCUGCCAUUCUCGAAGUCGGCUCCUAUGACUGAAACAAGCAUGGGCGAAGACCUGUACAACUGCCCAAUGGACGCGAGUAUGCUCGUCACGAACCGGGCAACGCGGUCCGCAACGACUUCGUCGCAGCAGAGCGUCAACUCGGCCAUGGGGGGCAUUCAGGAGGACUACGAAGCACCCAGCAUGCUGUUUGCUGGACAAACAGGCGCAGGCGAGGAGGAAGACAUGUACAAUUGCCCUGACGAUUUGGGCAUUAACACAGGCAAGGUGUCAUUGGUGCCGGCGCGGAAGGCAUCAAUAAGCAGUACUGAGGAUGAGUACUCGGUGCCGUGCAAGUCAGCCUCGAAGAAAGGUGCCACAUACUCUUCCGUGGACAAGAAGAACAAGCGUCGCCUCUCUCUGGGCAUUGGCAGCCUCAAGUUCAGAACAGGUAGUCAACAAGACGCACCGUCAAAGAAAAAGAAGUGAAUCUAGUGCUGAAGUGGACCCUGGCUUUCUUCCUCUCCUCCCCUUCCUCCCUUACUCCUGCUGGACCAGGAGCUGGUGUAAAGCGAAGUCUGGCGAAUGCUUCUCGACUGCAUGGGGAGACGGCAUCAGUUUGAUCCAAGGCAUGAGGGCCUGGUGCAAUGGUGUGUUCUAUGGAUUACACAUGCACACACAUUGCAUCCACGCACACAUACACACACAUACAUACACACACACACACACACACACACACACACGCUCACACACACUUGCACUUGCGCGCGCGCGCGCGCACACACACACACACACGCUCGUGUUUGGUGUCCCUCCCACAAAUUUUAGGCCAGUACAUAAAUGGAUGUGUCUCUAGUCCUUUCUGACCGGCUGAGGGAGUGACAAUGCAAGUGAUAAGCUAUCGUUUCACCUCGUAUGUUGCACUAUUGCUCCUUUCACGGUUAGUUCCAUGGUAUUAUAGAUGUAUAUAUUUAACUGAUUUCGCAGAAUUAUAUUUUGCGAGUAGGAAAGUUUACUUUUGCCACAAGCAGAGCAGUGGCACACUGAUGCGGCUGGGCAAGUUUGAGCCACGGCAUUCUGCCUCCUCUGCCCUAUCAAUCUCCAACAUAGCACGUUUUUAUCUUCAUCAUGUGAUCUUCAAAUCCCCUCCAAGCUCUCUCCUUGACUCUUUGUGUAUGAUCAGUUAUUUUCAAUGAAUUUGAGUGGAAAAUCCGGCCGUCUGCUCGGCACAUACCUGCUAUGCGCUACGCAGACGACUUGUAGCACUAUCAAUUCCUCCACACCUUCCCUGGCCCUUCUCUCUCCCCCCCCCCCCCACACACACAUACACACCAUUGCUUUAAUCUCAGUCUUGUUUAGCACCGUGCCUUUAAUUUUUUUGCCUUUCUCAUUCCCAUGUUCUCGUAUCAGCACCCCUUUCCUUGCAAAUUGCUCUUUUUGUCAGGCCAGUAUCAAGAUCAGCGUGCUGCUGUCUUUGUGCUCAGCCAAGAGCGGUAUUGCCACCCCUUGCUAUCCCCUAUGCUGCCGUCCCGACAUUUUCCAAAUUAUUGAUUGGCCCUACUGUGCCAUGGCCACACAGCCAUGUGCUGUGCGAGAGCAUCUUUCUAUAUUCUAGUUUCGCCUUUGCGGAAUGGAAAAUUUAUGUUGCUAACUUUAUCUUAUCUGUUGCUAACUUU